AUGAAUUUUGACUAACAUAACCUCUUCCCUGUUCAAUGUUUGGUUAGGCAUGAGUAUGAAAGAUUUUUAUGAGGUUCUUGGCGUCAAUCGAAAUGCAACUGCCUCUGAAAUAAAAAAGGCUUAUUAUGGGCUUGCAAAGCAACUGCAUCCAGAUAUGAACAAAGAUGAUCCAGAUGCUGAAAAAAAGUUUCAAGAAGUCUCAAAGGCUUAUGAGGUUUUGAAGGAUGAUAGUACACGUGAACAAUAUGAUCAGCUUGGGCAUGAUGCAUUUAAUAAUAUGAACAAUGGUGGAGGUGGAGGUCCUGGAUUUGAUCCAUUUGGUGGCUUCAAAAGUCCAUUUGAAGACAUGUUCAAAAAUGCUGAUAUUUUUGGCAACAUCUUUAACAGAGACAUGGGUGGAGAGGAUGUCAAGGUUCCGAUUGAACUAUCCUUCAUGGAAGCUGUUCAGGGGUGCUCUAAGACUAUAACAUUCCAAACAGAUUUGCCUUGCACUGCUUGUGGUGGAAGUGGUGUGCCCCCUGGCACUAAACCUGAAACUUGUAGGCGCUGCAAAGGUUCAGGCGUGUCAAUCUCGCAAACUGGUCCUUUCACACUUCAGACGACUUGUCCUGCAUGCAAAGGAACAGGAAAAAUUGUAUCGAGUUUCUGCAAGUCUUGCAAAGGAAACCGUGUACUACGAGGACCAAAGACGGUGAAAGUAGAUAUCAUGCCUGGAGUUGACACUGACGAGACACUCAAAGUGUAUGGAAGUGGUGGAGCAGAUCCUGAAGGCAAUCGACCUGGAGAUCUUUACGUUGUUCUUAAGGUCAGAGAAGACCCUGUUUUCCGGAGAGAAGGCUCUGAUAUUCAUGUCGAUGCUGUUUUGAGUAUCACCCAGGCAAUCUUGGGAGGAACAAUCCAAGUCCCAACUCUGACAGGAGAUGUUGUUGUUAAGGUUCGUGCUGGCACUCAACCUGGCCAAAAGGUUGUCCUCAAAAAGAAAGGAAUAAAAGGACGGAAUUCCUUCUCAUUUGGGGAUCAGUUUGUUCACUUCAAUGUCAGCAUUCCCACGAAUUUGACACCAAGACAGCGUCAAUUGAUUGAAGAGUUUGCCAAGGAAGAGCAAGGGGAGUAUGAUAAAGGGGCUGCAGCAGGAGCCUCGAGGUGAGGGCAGGGCACAGUGCUUACAAGGUAGGUUAGGGGAUAUAGGUGCGAGUCAAAAGUGUGUACUAUCACGUAUUCUUUCUCUUAUGAGCUGGGGAACUUAGCCAGAGCAAUUUUGGGGUUUGGUCAUCACCAUUUUAUCGGUUUCCUUUACAUUCAAGUAAGGAUUUAAUUGUUGCUUGAUGGAGGAGACAGGUUGGUUAUAGUAUUAUUAUUGUGACAAUGAGAUAAUGUAGCACUUGAUCUGCAACUUAGUGUUGUAUAUAAAUAUGAUGAAACAAAUAAAUGUUUCUAAAGAAAAGUGAAAUUCUACCAUGAUAUUGGUCCUU